CGCGUGGCUGUUUCCAUGGAAACGGCCUGGAUCGGUUUAAUGUUUAAGGACAAUGAGGAAGUGAACUCUGGCCCUGAAACUGGAGACCACAGAACCUCCAAACGCCACAGCGAGGAAGAGCGUCCGAGUCCUCCGUCUGCUGCUCCUCAUCAGACAAACGUCAUGAAGCUGGAGGUGAAGAUCGAGCUGCUGAAGUUCUUCUUCAGCUUCCUGAACGCGCUCUUCCUGGUUCUGGGUCUGAGCGUUGGCGGCUGUGGAAUCUGGAUUCUGCUCGGCUCAGGAAGUUUCCUGAAUGUUCUGCCGUCUGAUGAACUGCAGGUGGUGGCGAUGGGGCUCCUCAUGAUCGGCGCCGUGGUGGUGUUGGUCUGCCUCGUUGGAUGCGUCGGAUCGAGCAGCGAGAGCCGGUUCAUGCUGGUGGUGUACUGCGGCUUCCUCAUCGUCCUGGUUCUGGGGCAGCUCUUCGUCAUGCUGCUGCUGCUCAUCAACAGGAACAAGAUAAACCAGGCUUUGACUGAAACGGUUCAAAAGAUCAUCUUUGACUACGGAAACAGCAGCGACAUCAAUGACAGGAUGAUGGACGCCAUGCAGAAAACGGGACGCUGCUGCGGUCUGAAUGGAGCCUCCAACUGGCUGGGAAACUCCUUCGUUCAGACGCUGAACCUGUCAGCUCCAGACGUCCUCCCGUGCUCCUGCUUUGAAUCUCAUUCUCCCUCUUUUAACUCGUCUUGGUGCUCAGAGAACCCAGAAUUCCUUUCAGCAGCGAUUGGAGGAGGAGCUAAUGUUUUUAAGGAGGGCUGCAGUGGAAGGCUCCAGAACUGGCUCCAGGAGAACAUCCUGACCAUCAUCAGCAUGGACGUCAUCCUGAUCCUGCUCCAGAUGAUCGAUGUUGCCAUGGCGGCGUCUCUGUACCAAAUGUUUGGGAAGAAAGCGGCUUUGAAAAGAGACGACCAGCUGUUCGACGAAGGCAGCGAUGCGGACUCGAACCUCGACGGAGAGCAGAAUUACGCCUUCGCACAUCCUGACGGGGAGGAGUCGGAGCUCCACCGCACCAACCUGAUCAACCACCAGGACCACGCCGUCCACGGGGCAGGACCGCCGCGGGGCCCCGCCUUCAGGGGCCAAGAGUAAAAAUAAAGAACAUGUUACUGUGAAA